UAAACAUUUUUAAUCAGCUGUUUUACUGUGAUUGUUGCAGUCCAGUUUACGGGAUUCUGGUCGCGAAAUAUGAGGUUUAAACUGAGAAAGUGCGUAAUCGGUUUAUCGUUUGGUUUCUCUCUAAUCUUUUUUAUAAACGAGCUGCAGAAACGCACAAAUACAGAACUCAGUUUCGUCGCCGAAAGAGAUGCGGACUGGAUUGAUGAUAUACGCGAAAAGUCCCAUGGUGUAAUACCGCAAGGGGAAGAUUCACCUCAGUUUCUAUUGGACUCAAAUACCAAGAUAGACUGGCACAACCCUAAUGCAGUAUAUCAGGAUCGUAAAAGAAUAGGACCAGGAGAAUUGGGAGUAGCAGUUCAUUUAAGUACAGAAGAACGAAGUAGGAGUGCUUAUUCAGAGAAUGGUUUCAAUAUUUUGGUCAGCAAUCGGAUUUCUCUCAAUCGCUCCUUGCCUGACAUUCGACAUAAAAACUGCGCCUCACGCAAGUACUUAGCCCAGCUUCCAGAUGCUUCUAUCAUCAUCCCAUUUCACAAUGAAGGGAGAACCACUCUGCUUCGAACUAUACACAGCAUCAUAAACAGAACGCCAAAGAUUCUGCUCAGAGAAAUUAUUCUUGUAGACGACUGUAGUACAGUGGAUCACUUGAAAUCAAGUUUGGACCAAGAACUUUCGAAAUACCGCCAAGUAAAGUUGGUAAGACUUGCUAAGAGGGAAGGUCUGAUUCGUGCCAGGUUGGCUGGGGUUCAUCAAGCAAAAGGAAACACCAUCGUUAUUUUGGAUUCUCAUGUGGAAGUAACUAAUAACUGGUUGCCGCCAUUAUUAGAACCUAUCGCAUUGGACAGAAAAGUGAUAACAUGUCCCAUGAUUGACAUAAUUAACAAAGAUGAUUUUCACUAUCUCACCCAACCUGGUGAUGCCAUGAGAGGGGCAUUUGAUUGGGAGCUUUAUUACAAGAGGAUUCCAAUACCACCUGAGAAACAACUGAAAGACCCAUCUGACCCAUUUGAGGAUCCAGUUAUGGCGGGUGGUUUGUUUGCCAUCGAUCGCUUGUAUUUUAAGGAGAUUGGAGAAUAUGAUGAUGGAUUGGAAAUAUGGGGCGGGGAACAAUAUGAACUUUCAUUUAAGGCAUGGAUGUGUGGAGGAAAGAUAUUAGAUGCACCUUGCUCAAGGGUCGGUCAUAUAUACAGAGAGUUCAUGCCAUACUCACUUCCUCCAGGCACAAACAUUAACAAGAAUUUCAAGCGAGUGGCAGAAGUAUGGAUGGAUGAAUACGCUGAAUAUUUUUACAAGAAGCGACCUCACGUACGUGGUAUUCACCCUGGUGACCUCAGCAAGCAAAAAGCUCUUCGGGAGUUGUUGGAAUGUCGCUCGUUUGAUUGGUUCAUGAAAGAAGUUGCUCCAGAUAUUAUAAAACACUAUCCUCCUGUUAUGCCAGAACCUGCUGCAUGGGGAAUGCUUUCAAAUGAAGGAUCAAAGCGAUGUUUGGAUGGAUUGUAUAAAAAGGAAGGAGCUCCUUUAUCUUUAAUGCCAUGCAGGGAAGAAGGGACUGCAGAUCAGAGCUUCAUAUUGACUUGGAAAGAAGACAUUCGACCAGGUACAAGCAUGGACAAGGCUCGUAAGUUUUGCCUUGAUGGCCAAGGACUCAACUCACCUGUGGUGUUAUGGCAGUGUCAUGGACAGUAUGGAAACCAACUAUGGAAGUAUAAGGAUGACACACUUAUUCAUGGCAUCACUGGUCAUUGUGCCACAUCUGAUGCAGAAGCAAAGAAAGUGAUCUUGUUGCCUUGCAAAGCAAACGACAUCAACCAGAGAUGGACUUGGACGAACUUAGAUUUAGAAAAGUUGGGAAAAUUUAACAAGAAAUUGAACUCCCCAGCAUGAAGAUAAAGUAAUGCGGUCGUGGGGUGUUUUUCCAUAUCGUGAUCAAACAAGUGAUCUGUCCCAUGUUUUAUUUACAGCAGUUAUGGUUUUGAAUGCGCUUCAUUUGCUUCAUUUAGUUAUGAAUAUGAAUUGGGCUGGGUUAGGUCAGCUUCUAGAUACCCUUGAAGUUUCUUGCUCUCAAACUAUCUUCUAUAUUGCUCUUUAUCUGUUUUAUCAGUAAGAGUUAUGCCCAAACAUUUGCUUCCUUCAAAAAGGCUCGCCAGGAACAUAAAACAAAAAUAAUUUUACAUUAUAGAAUAUUUAAACAUGACUUUUAUUGAUUCAAUUUUAUAUAAUGUAAUUUUUAUUUGUUUAAGAAUGUGAUUAUACAUGUGAAAUGGUGACUUGGAUUUUUCAAUAUGUGCAAUUGAAUUUGUGCCAUAAAACUGACAAUUGGUACAUUGCACAAUGCAUAUAGUAUUUAAAUGCCUUGUCUCUUUUAAUUGUUUUUAUUUUUCUUAAUUUUAUGAGCUCUUUUUUAUUAUUUUAAAUUAUAUUCUUGAGUAAAAUUCAAAUACCAAGUGUUACUGUGUUUUAGACCAAUUUUCUUAUGUUGCGUGGCAGUAAGUACUUAUGUCAUGUUUUAACCGAAUCUGUUAUUCCUUUAUUUCAUGAAGUGAAAUUAUGUAUGCAAUUAAAGUAUUUUAAAUCGACCAAAAUGAUAAACGUUCGAAUUUUGCUUUUAAUUUCGUUCCUUCAGCAAAACAGCGACUUUAUCCAAAUAAAUUUCCUGUUAUCUCUCCAA